GCUAGAGGACCACACAUAAGAGGGUUUAUUUUGACCACGUUAUCUUCAUGAAUGUACACACGCAAUGCUUGAAAAGAAUGCUUAUGAGUAGUAGGAGGUCGAUUAAUGAAAACUAUAUCCCCAUCCAUAAUCCUCCUAUGAACAACUUAGCCAAGUCUUAGGAACGUAUGCCCCUUAUAACCCUCCCUCAACGAAUAUGUUGACAACCCAUCCCUAAAGGUGAGACACAAGUUGAUUUGAUAUUAUUAUUCAUUUAGCAUUAUCAUAUUUACCAAAACAUGAUAUUUGAGGAUCCCCAAGCAGCUACUCACUGCUCUUGUUGAAUUGUAUUCGUGUGGUAUCUGAAGGUAUUUUUAUGUAUGUCAAUCACGUGACGCUUAAUUGAUCCUUUAUAAACAUCAUGCAUCGAACAGCAUACACUGAGUAUCAUAGACCAAUUCAUUCAUAGACGACCUUAAUUUUUGCUCUGUUUGUUUUGAUUUCAGCUGGAUUAUGCGUUUUAUGCUGGUUUAGUCAACUAGAAAUGAUAUAUAUGAUUUACAAUAUAAUUUUAAUAUUUGGUUUAGUCCGUUUAUGGGGAGGUGUUGCCGAAAUGUUUGCAAAAUACUCUCUUCUUUUGAGCUUAUUUGGGGUUGUAUAGGGUAAUUGGGGUGGUUUGACAUACUUGGGGCUGUUAAAUUACUUGAGGCGCUUACUAUCAAAUUUGGGGCGGUAUAGGGUAAUUGGGGCGAAUAAUUUAACGUGGGGCGGAUAGUCUAAUUUGGGGCGGUUUCGUUUUGUUGGGGCGGUUUGACAUACUUGGGGCGAAUACACAAAUUUAGGGCGGUUUGACAUACCUGGGGAGGUGCUUAAGUCAACAUUAAAGUUUUUUUUUUUUUUUUUUUUUUUUUUUUUUUUUUUGGUAAGGCUUUUUCUAUUGAUUUAAUUUGAAGUUUUGUAAGGCUUGUGAAGUUGAACUUAAAAGGAGACCAAGAGUAGACCCUUUGGCUUCGUCUUCUGUUGGGAAUUGGGACUUGUUCUUAAGUCAACAUUAAAGUUUUUUAGGAAUGUUCAAUUUCUAGCAGUUUGUAAUUGUUAAUAAAGAUUAUAUCACAAUGAUGUUAAUUACAUUUAAGGAGUAAUUGAAAUUUAUAGCAGGAAUUGUUAAUGUCAUGAAUGUGAUUUUUACAUUCUCUUUAUUUGUGUACUCUAUGUUCUAGAAUGAAGAGUUUAGCAUUUUUCUGGAAGAAACAUGCAACUAAGUCUCAAAAAUCGUCAUAUUAAAUAUGUAAACCGUUGUAACCCAGAAUUUGAACUUUUUUAUUAAGAUUUUCAUUGGGUCACUGGCUUGAAUGCUGAUUGUUGACUUUCUUGGUGAUGAAAUCUUGUCGGGGACCUCAGGAUGAAUGUAGUUGUUUGAUCAAAUUAUGUUGCGAUAAUAGUAGUGUUUGCAUUUAUUUGAUUUUUUUGCCUCUUCAAAUACUUUUUGCAAGGUGCAAGGCCAAUUUCUAACAUGAUAAGGUUUAUCCAGUUGCAAAAAGUAUAAUCGGAGGUAGUAAUUAAUAUGAAGCCGAGGGAGUAAUACACUAUACACACACUUCUUAUUAUAGUGUACUCCCUCUGUUUCAUAUUAAUUGCAACAGUAGGUUGUUCACCGCAAUUUCAUUUAUCACUUCUUAGAGGGUGUAACUACUUGAUGUUGAUAUACUGAACUACUACCCGCGUUUAAUAUUAUUUGAAGUGUUCUUUCCACCGUAAUAAGUAGCUCGUUAUUAUUUUGGUUGGUGUUAAAAAGGUUUAAAUGCCUCGAAAUAAAUGCUUUGUUAUUACACAUUAAUAGAUUAACAGUCUUAUUGUUAUAAUAUUAACUCAAAAAACAAACAUCUUCGAAAUUUUUGGAGUAAUAAUAGGUGAAAUUGUUCGUGAACAGUUCAAAUUUUUGGCACAAAGGUCAACUUGUUUCUCAAAUUAAAAUUGUUAUACGACCCCCACCGUUACAAGAUUACUCGGCACACAGGCCGGCAUAACAUACAGAAUUCAUAAUUAGUUGAUCACUAACUGCCCCGAUAAUUAAUUACAUACAAAAAAUUCAUAAUUAGAUAAUUAGGGUGUAAAACGCCAACAAUUAAUUGUUUACAACACCACCAAUCUUGAAGCCACCACCACAAGAUUUCCUUUGCUAUAACCUAAUUUCUAAUUUAUUAUCAUUAAUUUUUCAAUGAAUUUGGGAAAUCUUUUGGCUGUUCUGACCGGGUUUUGAAAUGAAAGAGAAGGGAUCGGAAUUCGAUAUUAUUGGAGAAGCUCCGAGAAAGCUGUAGGACAAGACGAAUUCGAGUUUCAAUGUAUAUUUUCGUAUCUCUUUUAUUAAUAUUUAUUUACAGUAUUCCUUUUUUGCAUGGGCGGAUCUAUUCACGGGCCUCUGGGUCACACAAAUACUGAAAACAAAAAAAAAUUAAGUAAAAAAAAAAAACAAAAAACAAAUACUGAAAACAAAAAAAAAUUAAGUUAAAAAAAAACAAAUAAUGAAAACAAAAAAAAAAUUAAGUUAAAAAAAAAACAAAAUGAAUAGGCCUAAACCGUUUCAUUAAAUCUAUCAGACGUGUCACUAGUCUCACACAGUCACGAUUCUCACUCUUCACUCACAUUCACACGUCUCCCUCACUCUUCAAAUCUCACGAUUCACGAUUCAAGAUUCACAGUCACGGAAAUCGCCACACCGCUGCCGCCUGCCGUCGUACAUUCCAGCCACCGCCCCUCCGCUGCGCCGCACCUUCUAGCCACCGCCCAGCGCCCACGGCCCACCGUACAGCCGCACUCCAGGACUGCCUCCACACCUACAGCCUUCUAGGUAACUUUGAUAAUUUUCAAGUUUUAAUUUCGUAUUAUACACUAAUUGCUGACUUGUUGGAUUGAUUUUGCGCUUAAUUGAGUUGUUUGUGUUAUUUAAUCUAGUCAAUUAGUGUGUAUGUUCUUUGAAAUUGUUGAUCUGUUAUUAAAUUUAUCAAAUUAGAAAGUUAGGGUUUCUGAUUAAUUUUGGAAUUGAUAAUAUUGAAUUUCUGAUUUUUUUUUCUUUGAAAUUGAUAUUAUAAAUUGACAAUGGGCUAGUAAAUUUGAUGAUUUCAUAUUUAAUCUAUGAAAUUAGGGGGUUAAGAACUUAGGGUUUCUGAUUUUUUUUGGAAUGGAUUAGUUUGGAUAAUUGCAUUUCUGAUUUUUUGAAAUUGAUAUUAGAAUUGGUCAAUUGGAUAUAGUGAUUGCCUUGAAUUUGUAUAUGUUCAGUGCUAAGCUCACUAUUAGUGUUUUAGGCUUUUAGCUAUACUGUAUUAUCAAGUUAGUUGCUUUUGUAGUUGGUUCUAACUCUAUCCGUUGCAACGACAAGUGUAGAAAGAGUAUUUUCUGGAAUGUUGAAUGAUUGCUUGGUUACCCUUUCAUUUCAUGUUAUUGUGAUGGGUUUAUGUGUGACUUUGGUCAAGGUUUGUUGUAUUACUGACAUGCGUGUAUUACACUGGCUGAUUAAUAGUCUAUUUCCUAAUGUAUGGAUAAAUCACUUUCCUAAUACAACAUAUGAAACUUCUGAGCCUUUUCUACAGCAUUGCUUAGGAUUACGCGGCUUAUACAACAUGUUGUCCCUGCCUAAAUCCGCGAUUCUAUCCCCAUUUUUGUCAGAGGUGUUGGGAUAUUACGAUCCCAUUACCAACACCUUUGACAUUCGAGGGCACGUGCUAGGAAUAACACUAGAAGAUGUGUUAUUCCUAGCAAGAAUCCGGAUUGACGGCAAGCCGGUGCUUGUUAAAGAUUAUAGGAAUAACCAUUGCAGUGCUAUUUUCGAAGAGGUGAUCUACGAUGUUAACAAGUUGUAUGAGAUUAUCGAAGACACCUCUGCGGAUUGGAAGAAGCGCAAGGCAGCACUAUUAAUGGUAAUAGUGCAAUGCAUUAUAAUUCUAUCUCCCAAUGGGAUAAACUUUUAUCCCCCACUUUUUGAGGUUCUAAGUGAUCCAGAUGGGACAUUUGGCACUUAUGCAUGGGGGGCAGCCAUGCUUGCUUUCCUCCAGCAUCACUUGGAGAAGUUGAAUCAGUCAACAAAAUUAGGUGGUUGUACAUGGCUUUUGGUGUGUUUCUUCUUGGUACAGAUCCCGAAGCUGUGGGAUUCUUUAGGCCUCACAUCAGUGAGGGAGGAGAUGGAGGCCGGGCAAUUGGAUCAACACCCAUUUCCAAUGCAAUGGAUACUAGAGAAGCUGCUUCUAAAUUCCGCCCUUGGCAAUGACCGCAGGUCGGAUUACCGCAAGAAGAUGCACACUGUUUUUGAGAACCUUGAAGAUGAGGAAAUUUGCUGGACACCCUAUGCCAAUUGGGUGCUUCCAGAUGAGUUGAAAGAAGAUAAAUGGUUCGUAACACGACUUGGCCCGAUAUUUUGUAACAACUUUGUGGUUCAUCAUAAACCACAUCUUGUUACAAAACAAUUUGGAGGCUACGAACUCGACCCGGUCAUGCAUAGGGACAAGCUCGCUAUAUUUGAUCAUCAUAUACGAUUUGUGGAUAAUCGUGGCUCUAACGGGCACGAUUAUUUCGAGUCGUAUAAGCGUGAGCUUAUAUUGUGGGAUAAAAAAAUGUGUGUUGAUGAAGUCCAUGAUGACAAUCGUUCUCCUUCUCCUUCUCGUUCUCCUGCUCCUUCUCCUCCUCCUCCUCGUCGUCAACGUCAACGUCGGGAUUAUUCACAGGUGGGGGGUUCCUCGGAGAAGCUCUCGUGAACGACGUCCGAAUGUUCCGUUCACACCCAGCCAGUAAGCUGGUUUUUUUUAAGAACUUGUAUAGUUGUAGAACCAUUUGGUUCUUCUGUUUUUCACACCCAGCCAGUGAGCUGGUUUUUUUUUAAAGAACUUGUAUAGUUGUAGAACCAUUUGGUUCUUCUGUUUUUUUUUUUUUAUUUUAAGUUCAAUAUGAUACAAAUAUUUUUAUAUUAUACAUUAUUUCAUGUUAGCCAUUCAAAAUGGGCAUUAAAUAGUCAUUUUUCUUAUAUUUACUUUUAUUUUUU